UCCGGCCGCAGUUCUACGUCGCGAGGAACAGCCUAUGAACACGCCCCGUCCAAAUCCUCCCAGCCCGGGAUACGAAUUUUCCUUCCUUCCUUCCGCCAGACGCAGACGCAGACGCGCACCACCGAUCGAUCGAUCGCUCGAUCGCGAGCGAAUCCGCGCGUCAUUAUAUCCCAUUAACAACAGCAGCGGCAAGCAAGCAACAAGGAGCAAAUACUAAUAAACAGCGGAGAGGGGAAAGGAGGAGAGGGGUUUUUAUUACUGGUCGUAGCAUGGAACAGCAGCAUCAUCAUCCAGAGACCCGAAUCCAUCCCGUGGCCUCCCGUCUUUCCUCCGCUCCCCUCCCCAAAUCCCAACCCCAACCCCAGUCGCCGCCUCCUCCUCCUCCCCUUCCUCGUGCUCGCGGUCGCGGGGUUCCCGGCGCGGGCCGUCGUCGGGCGGGUCCCGGUUCGACCCUUCGGCCGUGGGAUUCGAGGGGGCGUGUGGGCGGUUGCUGUUAGGUUUCGGCGGAUCUAGGGUUCGAUUCGAUUCGAGUCGAUCCAUCGGCGGGGAUGGACUCCUCCGGCGACGGAGGGGACGAGGGGCCCGGGGCCGCGCCGGGGAGCCCCGCGCCGGCCUCCUCGUCGGCGCCCUCCGCGGGGCCCGGCGGCGCGUCUGGAUCCAGCGGGAAGCCCACGGCGAGGCGCGUCAUGAAGACGCCCUACCAGUUGGAGGUCCUCGAGCAGACCUACACAGAGGACCCGUACCCCAACGAGGCCAAGCGGGUGGAGCUGUCUGCCAAGCUGGGGCUGACGGACAGGCAGCUGCAGAUGUGGUUCUGCCACCGGAGGCUCAAGGACCGCAGGCCGCCCGCCAAGCGGCAGCAGCAGCAGCAGCUGGACGAAGAGGUUGCCGUGCCCGUCAUGGCGCCCCCGCCUGUGCUGCACCACUCGCUGCCACACCCACACACCGAGCAGCUGCUGCCCUGCAGCAGCUCCCGCAGAGGGCCUGGCCGCUCGUCGGCCGUGCCUAGGAUUUCUGCCCCGGAGAUCGACAGGAGGUACUACGAGUCGCACCAGAUUAUGCUGCCUCCGCAGGCACCAGUGCAGCUCACACGAGCCGCACACCGGGCGAUCGAGACCGUGCAACAGCUGAUAGGAGAGCCGCUGAGGGAGGACGGGCCAGUUCUUGGUGAUCACUUUGAUCCGCUCCCACCCGACGCAUUUGGAGCGCCUAUGCCUGUUGUUCCAGAGCAGCGGAAGCAGCCUUAUCGAUCGCAUGAGACCAGUGUAUUUUCUGCACACGAUCCCAAGCCCAUGAAGGCAUCAGCAUUCUUGCCAAGCAUAGACCCUUCUGUUCCAAGUACAGUUACCGGGAAGAGGAAGUACAUGGCUGGAAAUUCUUCUCAUCUUGCACGGGCAGUACAUGAGUACCAGUUUCUUCCAGAGCACUCUAGCGAUAUAUAUGAGAGGACAAGCCAGUCGUGCUUUUAUGAUGCUCCAACAGAAGCUUCAAAUUCGAGGAUAUCUUCCCUGUCUACAGGAUCCCGCUUACUCCAUGGUGCUGAUAAAGCAUCUACCUAUGCAUUUGAUGGUCAAGUAUCUGGUUCUAGCCAUUUAAAUCAACAUGGAAAACCAUUGAUCUCCCUGUCAGGGUCCACAGAUUAUGAGAUGGCUUCAUCAAAUAUUGACGCUAGUCCUGCUCCAAUCGAAGGCCAGUUUGGCGUUACUCAGGUUGUUGGAUUUCAUAAUCCCCUUCCAUCCUCUGAAGGAGUGGAUUAUCACGAUGAAGAUGCGUAUCAACUGGAUAAAAAGCGGAAACAUAAUGAAGAAUCGAAGAUUGCGAAGGAAGUUGAUGCGCAAGAAAAACGGAUACGAAAGGAACUCGAGAAGCAAGAUGUGUUGAAGAAAAAGAGAGAAGAACAAAUGCGGAAGGAAGUGGAGAGGUAUGAUCGUGAAAGGAAAAAAGAAGAGGAGAGGUUUAUGCGCGAAAAACAGAGGGAAGAAGAGAGACUCCAAAAGGAACAGUGGCGUGAACAGAAGCGCAUGGAGAAGUUUUUGGUGAAACAAUCCUUGAGAGCCGAAAAACUAAAACAGAAAGAGGAGCUUCGAAAGGAGAAAGAAGCUGCAAGACAAAAGGCUGCUAAUGAAAGGGCUACAGCACGUAGAAUUGCACGGGAGUACAUGGAACUCAUGGAAGAUGAACGGUUAGAACUAAUGGAACUGGUUUCACGAAGCAAAGGGUUGCCCUCAAUGCUUUCUCUUGAUAGCGACACAUUGCAGCAACUUGAUUCAUUUAGAGGAAUGCUGACACAGUUUCCUACUGAAGCUGUGAGAUUGAAGGUGCCAUUUUCAAUAAAACCGUGGACAAGUUCUGAGAGUAACAUUGGAAACCUUUUGAUGGUGUGGAAGUUCUUUUUUACCUUCGCGGAUGUUCUUGAGCUUCCAUCAUUCACACUCGAUGAGUUUGUGCAAUCACUUCAUGAUUAUGAUUCAAGGUUGUUGGGGGAAUUGCAUGUCGCUGUGCUAAAAUCCAUCAUAAAAGAUAUUGAGGAUGUUGCCCGGACUUCUUCAGUUGUUUCGGGAGUGAAUCAGAGCAGUUCUGCUAAUCCUGGAGGUGGACAUCCACAAAUUGUUGAAGGGGCAUAUGCUUGGGGGUUCAACAUACUUAUCUGGCAGCGCCACUUGACUUAUCUUACGUGGCCUGAAAUAUUGCGCCAAUUUGGUCUAUCUGCUGGUUUUGGGCCUCAGCUGAAGAAAAGGAAUACUGAAGAUGCAUACCAUGACGAUAAUGAGGGCCGUAAUUGUGAGGAUGUUAUUUCCACUUUGCGAAAUGGUUCAGCAGCUGUGAAGUCUGCUGCUUUGAUGAAAGAAAGGGGCUACACCAACCGUCGGAGGUCUAGGCACCGUCUGACACCUGGAACGGUAAAAUUUGCUGCUUUCCAUGUAUUAUCACUUGAAGGAGACGAAGGUCUCUCGAUACUGGAAGUUGCAGAAAAAAUCCAGAGAUCUGGACUUAGGGACCUUACAACAAGCAAGACACCUGAGGCAUCUAUAUCUGCUGCAUUGUCAAGGGAUACCAAGCUUUUUGAAAGAACUGCGCCCUCGACAUAUUGUGUUAAAACUCCUUAUAGAAAAGACCCAGCUGAUUCUGAGGCUGUGUUCUCAGCAGCACGGGAAAAAAUAAGGGUGUUUCAGAAUGCACUUUCAGCGUGUGAAGAAGUGGAAAAGGAUGUGGAGGAUGUCGAAAGGGGGGAUGAUGAUUCGGAAUGUGAUGAUGCUGAUGAUGAUCCUGAUGGCGAUGAAGUGAAUAUAGAGGAAAAAGAUGCCAAUGCUUCAGCAGUUCGAGCAAAAGAUGCUGGCUUGCCAAAUGCAGCUGGUGACAUAAAAGAUGAAGUAAAAAGUGUGGUUAACCUGUCUAUGCCAUCAAGCCCUCACAGUAAAUCUCCAAGUGGCUUGCAGUGUACGGUAGAUAAGUCAACUGCAGCUAGUACGUCAAGUGAUCCACCCAUUGGAGCUUCACAAGACGCAGAGAUUGAUGAAAGUAACCAAGGUGAAUCCUGGGUUCAGGGGCUAGCUGAAGGUGACUACUGUGAUCUUAGUGUCGAGGAACGCCUCAAUGCAUUGGUUGCACUGAUUGGUGUUGCCACUGAAGGAAAUUCUAUGCGUGCAAUUCUGGAGGAACGUCUUGAGGCAGCAAAUGCUUUAAAAAAGCAAAUGUGGGUAGAGUCACAACUUGAUAGGAGGCGUUCAAGGGAAGAGUUUACAGGCAGAAUGCAACAUGAUCCCUGCAUGGAUUUGAAGGCUGAUGCUGAUGAAGGAAAUAAUGUUGGUGAAUGUACUCCCACUCUAGUACAAAUCAAAGAGAACGGUGGAAAGGCCAGCUCAGUAAACAAUGAUUUGCUCGUUGAUCAACAAAGUCAGCUUAAUGCUGGUAAUAUGGUUCAUGAGGGGAAUGGCGUAAGCAGGGAAUCAAAUGCUAAUCCAGAGAGCUUGUCUGUUCAGCAAUACGCUCCAACUGAGAAAACACGAUCUCAGUUGAAAUCAUUAAUAGGUCACAAGGCAGAACAGCUUUAUGUCUACAGAUCAUUACCCCUUGGACAAGAUCGGAGACGGAAUCGGUAUUGGCAGUUUUCUACUUCUGUAUCACCCAAUGACCCUGGGUCUGGAAGAAUAUUUUUUGAAUCUAGAGAUGGAUACUGGAGGCUCAUUGACUCAGCUGAGGCAUUUGAUGCUUUAGUAGCUUCCCUUGACACUCGUGGCAUCCGGGAGUCACAUUUGCAUUCAAUGUUGCGAAGCAUCGAGCCAACCUUUAAGGAUGCUAUAGGGAGGAAAAAUGAUGCUACUAUAGAACACCCAGCUGGAAGGAAUUUGAGAAAUGGAAGUAGUGAAAUAAUUAGCCCAAAUCAUAGUAACGAAUUUGGAAGUCCAUGCAGCACCCUUUCAGGUGUCGUUUCUGAUACUGCAGUGGCAUACUCGGAUUCUUUCAAGAUAGAGCUUGGGCGUAAUGAUCUGGAGAAGGUUGGUAUUUCCAAGAGGGCAUGUAUGUUUCUGAAGUGGAUGUGGGAGUGCAACAAUCAUCAAUCCACAUGUGCCAUGAAAUAUGGAAAGAAACGGUGUUCUGAGUUGAUACAGUGUUGUGAUUAUUGCUACCAGAUUUAUUUAACUGAAGAAAUGCACUGUUCGUCUUGCCACAAGACAUUCAAAUCCAUUCAGAGUCUCUCGGAACAUACAACACAAUGUGAGGAGAAAAGGAGAACAGAUCCUAAUUGGAAGAUACAAAUAUCGGAUGAUUCUGUUCCCAUAAGAUUGAGAUUGCUGAAGGUGCUGCUAGCUACCAUUGAGGCCUCAGUUCCAGCAGAAGCUCUCCAACCAUUUUGGACCAAUGGAUAUCGGAAAUCAUGGGGUGUAAAGUUGUUUUCUACAACAUCUAACGAAGAAGCCUUUCAGCUGUUAACUGUGCUGGAAGGUGCACUAAAAAGGGAUUACUUGUCAUCUAACUUUGAAACAACUGCCGAAUUGCUUAAUUCAGACACCCAAGAUUUUGCUGACCGGAGUUCUAUUGCAUGUUCUGGAUCUGCUGCUGUACUUCCAUGGGUACCCAGCACUGCUGCUGCUGUUACCUUACGGUUGUUAGACCUUGAUUCUUCCCUGUCGUACACACCUGAUCAAAAGGCAGGAUUAAAUAAAGAGCGAGAAGCGGGUGAUUUCAUUAAGGGUCCAUCAAGAUACACUGCUGUUAAGAACAGACAAGAAAUGGAACAUGUGGGAGCUCCUGGUUUUGAUCAUCAUGAUGGAGUGCAGCUGAUUCCCAGCAAUGGCCUUAGAGGCCGUGGACGAGGAGGUCGAGGACGUGGCAGGGGAGGUAGAUCCCUCAGUCGUGGUGGCAGGGUCCCAAGAGGUGUUGGCAGCUCUCCCAAGAUUGAGUUCAGAGAUGACAACAAUGUGUCUUAUAAGGAAGCCACAGAUAAGCAGGCUGGGCGAGGGCGAGGGCGUGGUCGCGGCCGAGGGCGCGGGCGUGGGCGAGGGCGUGGACGUGGAAGUGUCAGUGGCAGCGGCAGUGUCCGAGGUCGUGGAAGAGGACGAGGACGAGGACUUCGAACUGUUAGACCUAGGCAGCCAGUUGAGCUUGGAGCCAGAUCAAUUCCAAAGGCAAACUUGUUGGGAACCUUUGGCAUGUUAAGUAAUGCAAAGCCUACAGCCGUGCAUUCUCCACAGAGCUCUGGUGCUGAAGAGUGGGGCUUGGAUAGACGGGUGUAUGCCGAGGAUGAUGAGAACAGCUCAGUUUCUCAAUCAGAUGAAUCAGAAGGGGACGAAGAAAAUGGUGAGCCCAUGAACGAGGACUAUGAUGAGCAGCUUCCAGAUUAUUCAAGGCACAAUUCUGGAUCCAGCCCCCUUCAGAUGAUGGAUUCUGAGUCUGAAGAUAAUGAUGAAUAUGAUGAGGAGGGCGAGGAUGAUGGGGCUGACUAUGAUGCAGAGCAACCUAUGGACGAAGACAACGAUGAUGCUGAGAUGAGUGGGGAUGACGAACUCGGUGAUGAUGAUGAUGAUGACGGCGACGAUGAUGAUGGUGGUGGUAGUCAGGGCGGAGCGGGGAACGCCGACGAUGAUGAUGCAACAUCCUAUUCUUCUGAGUACAGUGAAUAAGAGAUGUCAGGAAGAAACCUGGUCAGGCUGGAGUGAUGAUGACUGAUCUACAGUUUUGCCUUAAGUCUAGGCCCAAAUUCUGAACGAAGGAAGUAUCGAAGAGGAUGAAAUAGGUUUAUAUUUGAUUGUUGGGGCGCAAAUUUGUUUGCUCCCGCUGGACUUGAGCUUUGUACAUAUUUCUGUUAGUUGUUUACAGAUUAGAUGUUCCCAGUGUAUACAAGAUUACCGUCGGUUACAGAAGCUACACUUUCUGCUUCAUUCCUGUUACCGUUCAUCUCGUUGCAUAGGGAGCAACUGUGCACUUUAUAAGCACAGGAACCAACCAAAUGUUAUGGCAAUAGAUUGUCCCUUGCAUUUC